AUGCCAAAAUCGUUGUCCAAAUCGUCUUCAAAACCGUCCCAAAAAGCUCCAGCACGUCGUCGCCGUCUUCGGGAGCGUUUUUCCACUCCCCCUUCAACAGCUGUUCCUAAAGACCAUUAUGGACAGUUAGCAACGCCCCAACGAGCUGCAAUCUACGCUAUUCUUCAUCACUUCGAAUAUCAUGGUAUCCCGUGCAGCCUAGAAGACAUCAAAGCUUCUCAUAAUAUUCCGACCUCUACUGCUGCAGAUGUACUCAAGAGUGGUCACGUUCGGCGCCUGCAACACACUGAUUUGCCGGACAAUCGGGGAGGGUUGCGAAAGUUCACCGAUUCGGAUGCAAGGAAGGUUGCAGAUUAUAUUGAAGAAGCCUCUGCUGAUGAGAAGGGAGCUACUUGGUUAGACAUUGCAGAGAAAGCAGGAGUCAAUUGCAUUGAAGAAAAGAAGGUGCAUCAUCCACGAACAAUCCAGCACCGUGUAGCAUCCGUCACGGGUGUUCGCAAAGCUACAGUAAAGAGGGAUCGGACUGAUAAUGUUCGUCGAAAAGAACGGUCUGAUUCGUAA